AUGGGAAAAAGAAAAGUAAAUGAUGAUAAAAUUGAUUCUAUGGAUAUUUCAGGAGAAGAGUCGGAUGAGGAAGGAGUAUCUGAUGGAGGAGAGAACGAACAUUUGGAAAACGAAAUAGUCGAUGUAGAUUUUGAUUUUUUUGAUCCAAAAGAAAUAGAUUAUCAAACGAUAAAACAAUUAAUGAUACAAUUAUUUUCAACGGAUGCAGAAUUAUUUAAUCUAAGCGAAUUGUCGGAAUUGAUUAUAAGUCAACCAUUAUUAGGUACAACCGUAAAAAUUGAUGGAGCCGAUUCUGAUCCUUAUGCUUUACUUACCGUGUUGAAUAUGAAUGAACAUAAGGUAAACACGUAUAACUUCGAAAAAACAAAGAAAAAUACAAAUUUAAACGAAAAAUUAGUUGGAUUAUUAAAAGAUACUUCACAAUUUCAUAUCGGAUUAAUAUUAAGCGAAAGAUUAAUAAAUAUGCCGGUACAACUCGUCCCACAAAUGUAUAUAAUGUUACAAGAAGAAAUACAAUGGGCUAUAGAAGAUAAAGAACCUUAUGAAUUUGAAUGGUAUCUGAUCAUAACUAAAACUUAUAGAGAGGUUGAUUCCACUUUGGAUGAAGAAGAUGAGAUGCCAAAAAAGAAAAUGAAAAAAGUCAAAAGUAUUGCAAAUUUUCAAUGCAAUUUUAAAUUAACAAAACAAACUGUUACGUCAGAUUCGAAAAGGGCCUUUUCGGAUUUUGGCAUUACACCUGCGAUGAAAAUAUUUUUAUUACAUCAAAGUAAAAUGGAUCAACUAAUUAAUGAUUUAGAAGCAGCUUGCAAAUAG